AACGAACGAUACCUACCUAGGCAAAGGCAAAGGCAACGCCAGGCUGAGGCCACGCACCGUCCGUCUUGUCUCGCCGCAAACCUAACGAAAGCGCAGCGCUUUCGUCUCCGUCGCUAGGGUUUCGGUCCCCGCAAACUCGAUCUUCCGCGAGGGCACGAGCCGGUGCUCUUGGUUCUGGUGUGGCGGCCUGAGAGAGAUGCCGCCCAAGUCGGUUAAGAGGGGCGGCGCCGCGGCGGCGAGGAAGGGGUCGGCGACGAAGGCCAGACCGGCGAAGCCCCAGCCGGUCGCGGAGGAGGCGCCCGUCGAGGUGGUCAAGGCCGCGGAGGAGGCUCCCCCUAAGGUCGAGGAGCAGAAGCCGUCGCCGCCACCGCAGCAGCCGGCCGCUGAGGUGAAUGCCAAGGCGGAUGCUGCUGAAAACGGCGCAAGCCACGCUGAAGAUGAUGGAGCUGCAAAAGAAACAUAUGAAGAGGAGGACAAAGGUGAACGGCUGGAGUUCGAGGAUGAGCCAGAAUAUGAAGAGGAGCCUGCCGUCGACUACGACGAGAAGGAUUUGGAGCAGUAUGAGGAGCAAUACGAGGACGGUGAUGAAGGGUUGGAGUACACUGAAGAUGUAGUCGAAGAGGAGACUGAGAUGGUGGAUGAGGAGGAACUGGAUAAUGGUGGGGAUGAUGGUGAGGGUGAGGAAUAUGAAAAUGCAGAUGAAGACCACGAUGUGGACGUGGAGGACGAAGACCAUCAUGAAAUGGUGAAAGCACAUCGCAAGAGGAAGGAGUUUGAAGUUUUUGUUGGUGGGCUAGAUAAAGAUGCAACAGAAAGUGACCUGAGGAAAGUUUUCAGUGAAGUCGGCGAGAUCACCGAAGUUCGUUUGAUGAUGAACCCAGUUACGAAGAAGAAUAAAGGCUUUGCCUUCCUGCGAUAUGAGACUGUGGAGCAAGCAAAGCGUGCUGUCUCAGAUCUGAAAAAUCCGAUGGUGCGAGGUAAGCAAUGCGGUGUUGCUCCUAGUCGUGACAACGAUACACUUUUUGUUGGCAAUAUCUGCAAGACAUGGACAAAAGAACAUCUGAAGGAGAAACUGAAGAUCUAUGAGGUCGAGAAUUUUGACGAUUUAAUAUUGGUUGAGGAUAGCAAUAACCCAGGGAUGAAUCGUGGGUAUGCUUUACUUGAGUUUUCUACUCGCCCUGAAGCUAUGGAUGCUUUCAGGCGGUUGCAGAAGAGGGAUGUAGUCUUUGGAGUUGAUCGCACUGCAAAGGUUUCCUUUGCCGAUUCCUAUCCUGAAGUCGAUGAUGAAAUGAUGGCACAGGUCAGAACUGUAUUUCUUGAUGGUCUUCCCCCCUCAUGGGAAGAAGAUCGUGUUAAGAAGUACCUUAAAAAGUAUGGAGCUAUCGAGAAAGUUGAACUUGCCCGAAACAUGCCUGCGGCCAAAAGAAAAGAUUUUGGGUUUGUUACUUUUGAUACGCAUGAUAAUGCUGUUGCAUGUGUUGAUGGGAUAACUAGUUCUGAGAUUGGCGAAGGUGAUAGCAAGGCAAAAGUGAGAGCCAGAUUGUCAAGGCCAGUACAGAGACCUCCUAGAAUGAAGCAUGGAUUAAGAGGAAAUUUCAGGAUUGGGCAAAGUGCUCCUCGAGGUGGCCGUUUCCCAUACACUCGGCCUCCUCCACGCCGGCCUCUGCCACGUCUUGUACGACCUGAUACUCGCUUACCUCCCAUCAGGAGGCCUCCACUGAAGAGGCCAAUAGAUAUUAGAGAUAGACGCCCUGUUAUGUCAAUACCAGAUAGAGUUAGGCGUUUGCCUCCUCCAGAGAGAUCCUAUGAUAGAAGGCCCCCAGCUCCUGUUUACCCAAAGAGAAGUCCAAGGAGGGAAUAUGGAAGGCGCGAUGAACCUCUUCCGCCAAGGAGCAGAGCUACCUUUGCUGACUACGGUGCAAGAGUUCCAGUGGAUAGGCGCCACACUUACAGGGAUGACUAUUCGCCCCGUGAAUCGGCCUAUUCAGACCUAGCUCCUCGCAGCGCUCCCUGUUUUUCUGAGAGGAGAGCAUAUGCUGAUGACGGCUAUGUAGAGAAGAUUGACCGACCUUUGCCAACCUAUAGGGAGAGCCGUGGACGUGAUUAUGAUACAAUAUCUGGUUCAAAACGCUCAUAUGUUGAGAUGGAUGACGUGCCUCCUCGGUAUCACGACAUUAGCGUUCGUCAGCCCAAGGCACGCUUAGAUUAUGAUGUUGGUGGUAGCAGUGCUCGGUAUGCAGAUGCUUAUACUGAGAGGCUUGGGCGGUCACAUGUGGGAUACAGUAGCAGCAGAUCUGUUGCUGGUCAUGACCCCGUGUAUAGCAGCAGCCGCCAUGGCUUGAGUUAUGGAGGUUCUGCGAGCACUGGAGAUGCUGGUGGAAAUUACUCUUCAAAUUACAGUGCAGACUACAUGCCUCGUGGAUCUGAUGUUGGCGGGAGUUCAUAUUCAUCGCAUUACUCAGGUCGUAACACGGGCAGCAGUGGCUACUUUGGCGGCAGUGGUUCCAGUUCGUACUACUAAGAUUUGGCAUCCGACCGUCUUUGUGGAACAGAUGUGGCACCAUAGGAGGUUGGUGUAGGCCAUGGAUUGUAUGGAGCUACUUAACUUAAGGCCUAUGGAUCUGGACAAGUGGCAAGUGUGGACAAUCAAUAAGGCAUGUCUGAAGGAGCCAGGAACAUCGAGUUGGUUGAAGCAGUAGUCUUGUGGAUGUUCCGGCAUGUUUAUUUAAUGUAAGGCUUUGCUUUAGUUGGUCAAGAGUUGUGAACUAGCCAGCCAUGGUGUGUUGACAUGUUUACUUCCAGUGUUUCUAUAACAUUGAGAGAUAUGGAGUAUUUCAAUAAGUAAUCUUUGAGGUCGUUUCCUUCCUGCAACACAAGGUGUUUUGGAGACUCCACCGUUGAUGACCCAGCAGAAGAUCAGACUUACAAAUGAAGCCUUUGAAGUGAGCGCUUCAUGUAAGGCUGUUACUUCUGAAACCUUUGGUUCAGACCAUGCUGCAUCUGUUCCCUAGUGGAUUGAACUUUGCUACCUGAGACUGAAAGAUCAGGUUGAAAAUUUGGACUAGUUAUUUGUUAAACUGCACUGCAGAUAAAAUUGGAUUUGUUGGUUGCCAGGUUCUGGGAGAAACCUUUUAUAUGGCUCAAGUAGUUCUUUCACCAAGCAAUUUCUUUGGCCUCCCCACAAUUUUAAGAUAACAGAACUCACAGCUACAUGACUGGAUGGCCUUGCAAUGCUGUCAAUUAGCAGCAUAGAGUACAUGGCACCAGAUAAUUUAACAAGCAUUAUCAUCACCGAGCGCCAUGGUUUAUGAAAUAUCUUUGAACUUCUGCAUGGAGCAUGGAUCAUACAUCUUUGAGCCAAAUCUCUGUUGGAUGGUUGCAAGUUUUGAAGAACUUUGCUGGAGGCAUGAAUCUGGUCUUUCUGAGUUGUGCUAAUUCCUUUAGUAUAGUUUUUAGUGCACUAUGACUUAAUAUAGGUUAUAUAUGACACGUUUAGGCCCUCAUUGCAUAAUAUAGGUUAUGUAUGUUACCUUUUGGCCCUCGUUGCAUUGAUUAUUGGGUGUGGGGGUUGGGGCGUAUGGUUUUAGAAGAACCGAAAUUCUGAUAUUGAAUUUCCUUCCUUGCAUCGUCUAUUUGUAAACCAAUGAUGUUUGAGACCAGUUAGAGGUUUUGCAUCUACAAGUUUAUAAACAACAACCACUAUUGAUGUCCGUCUUUUGUGAGUUGCUGAUUUCAUGAGCUAACUCGAAGAAAUAGGUAGGUGAAAGAGAUGUUGAAAAUACAAAUUAUAGAGGCUACAUAGAGCAGCAAUAAGGCUGACCAAACUGUAUUAAUACCAUCCUUCUAUGCGCUGUAACAACGAGGGAAUUGCUUGAUUGGUUGACUGGAGAUCAAAGUAAUGCAUUCUUGGUUUGGCUACUCUUGCAAAGGGGCUUGAUAUGUGGCCUCUUCUGAUGCAUCAUUGAGAUGGCAGUCUUCAGAAACAAAGCAGUGGUUUUAACAGAGCGCUUUGUUGGCUGUCAUCUAGUGUUUAAUAUUUGUUGGAGUAGGGAGUUCUUGAUGGAAAUGAACAAGAUGUUAUCGGAUCUUUUAGAUGGCAUUAGAUCAAUAGUGCAAGGAAAGUUUACACAAUUCAGCAAAAUGAGAGGGUGGAAGUGAAUCUGGAGAUGUGGAUUGAAAGUGUGAUGGAAUCAGCACCGGCUGGUUGAUUUAAUGCUUAUAUGAUGAAAAGAAGGCUGCUUGACUUUUAGGACAAAGGUAGAUCAGGGGGAAAGGUGGCUAUUAAUUUACAAGUAUUGCAUGUGGAGAAACAUUUUUUCUUCAAAUUGCAAGUAUAAAAGCUCAGUCUGAGUUUUUGCAUUACGGGCUAUGCAAUUGAGUCUACUGAACCAUGCAGUUAGGUCCAAAUUGUUUUUAUUAGUAGAAACAUUGAUAACCUGCGUUCAUGAAGAUGAACUGUAUAUGCUCGCCCUUAUGUUUUUUACCAUUUGAGUAAUGAGUUAUGUUACUACAAUCUUCAUGUAUAUUUGACUACUAUAUGCUCACACUAAUUUUGAAUUUCGGUUACAAAGGGGCAAUUAUUCUAAGCUUGCGUUUAACUUACAAUGCUUUAACUAUCUUGUGUAUCAUGCAUAUUUACUAUUAACCCGAGUCCUGCUUCUGAUA